AUGGAUUUAUAAUGCUUAGGUUCUGCUUUAGCAAAUUGCACUAAUCUCUAAAAAUUGAUACUUGAUCUUAAUUAGAAUAAAAUUAGUGAUUCAGGUGCAUCAGGCUUAGGUUCUGCUUUAGCAAAAACUAAUAUCUCAAAUUUGAGACUUUAUCUUUGUUUUAAUUAAAUUGGCGGUUAAGGUGCAUCAGGCUUAGGUUCUGCUUUAGCAAAUUGCACUAAUCUCUCAAAUUUGGCACUUUUACUAUUUAAGAAUUAAAUUGAUGGUUAAGGUGCAUCCAACUUAGGCUCUGCUUUAGCAAAUUGCAUCAAUCUCUCAAAUUUGACACUUGAUCUUAGUAACAAUAAAAUUGAUGCAAUUGGUGCAUCAGGUUUAGGCUCUGCUUUAAAAAGUACUAAUAUCUCAAAUUUGACACUUAUUCUUUGUAACAAUUAAAUUGGUGACUAAGGUGCAUCAGGUUUAGGUUCUGCUUUAGCAAAUUUCACUAAUCUCUCAAAUUUGAAACUUGAUCUUUAUAACAAUUAAAUUGGUGAUUAAGGUGUAUCAGGUUUAGGUUAAGCUUUAACUAAUUGCACUAAUCUCUCAAAUUUGGAACUUGAUCUUAGUUAGAACUAAAUUACUCAAAUCGGUGCAUCAGGCUUAGGUUUUGCUUUAGCAAAUUGCACUAAUCUCUCAAAUUUGAUACUUAAUUUUGGUAAAAUUGGUGAUUAAAGUGUAUCAGGAUUAGGUUCUGCUUUAGCAAAUUGCACUAAUCUCUCAAAUCUGACACUUAAUCUUACUUAUAAUUAAAUUGGUGAUCAAAGUGUAUAAGAUUUAGGUUCUGCCUUAGCACAUUGCACUAAUCUCUAAAAUUUGAUGCUUAAUCUUGAUUUCAAUAAAAUUGGUGCUAUCGGUGGAUAAGGCUUAGGUUCUGCUUUAGUAAAUUGCACUAAUCUCUCAAAUUUGACACUUUUCCUACAUGGAAAUUUAAUCAAUUAAUCAUAAAAAUUGAAAGUAAAAAGCAAGUAUCUAAAAUCAAAAAGAUUAGUUGAUUUAAGUAUAUGUUACUGA